UCUCAGGACGUGUUUGGUUCAACCUUUCACAGUACUCUUAGGUUUGCUGGCCUCAUCUUGCAGACUGCUGCUUACUCCUCUUGAGACAGGAUCCCAAGAUGGGGAGUUUGCACAAGACCACCUUCGUCCUCCUCAUAUUCUGCCUGGCGGUACUGGGAAGAGCGGAUUAUCCCAAGUACAAGGAUCCGAAGCAGCCUAUUGGUGCUCGCGUCGAGGACCUGCUUGCUCGGAUGACCCUGGCUGAAAAGAUCGGCCAGAUGACCCAGAUCGAGAGGGAAAACGCCACCGCAGGGGUGCUAUCCAAAUACUUCAUAGGUAGCGUACUGAGCGGCGGAGGAAGUGUGCCUUCCCCUCAGGCAUCUGCUGAGGCUUGGGUUUCUAUGGUGAAUGCGAUGCAAAAGGAUGCUCUUUCUACCCGCCUAGGUAUUCCGAUGAUCUACGGUAUUGACGCUGUGCAUGGUCAUGGUAACGUCUACAAGUCUACCAUCUUCCCACAUAAUGUUGGGCUUGGAGCUACCAGGGACCCUGAGCUGGUAAAGAGGAUAGGAGAAGCAACUGCUCUUGAAGUUAGGGCCACAGGAAUUCCUUACGUCUUUGCUCCAUGUAUUGCGGUUUGUAGAGACCCAAGAUGGGGACGGUGCUAUGAAAGCUACAGUGAAGACCCAAAGGUUGUCCAGUCAAUGACCUCAAUUAUCUCUGGGUUGCAAGGAGAUGUUCCAUCAGGUGAAGAGGGAAGACCAUACGUUGGUGGAAGUAAGAAAGUUGCUGCAUGCGCAAAGCACUAUGUUGGUGAUGGUGGUACUUUUAACGGGAUUAAUGAGGGCAAUACAAUCAUCGACAAAAAUGGGCUCAUGAAAAUCCAUAUGCCUGCCUAUUUUAAUUCUAUCAUCAGAGGUGUAUCGACUAUUAUGGUCUCAUACAACAGUUGGAAUGGAGAAAAGAUGCACGGCAAUCAUUUCCUAAUCACUGAUUUUCUCAAGAAGAAGCUCAAAUUUAGGGGUUUUGUGAUUUCAGACUGGCAAGGCAUUGACAGGAUUACUACUCCCGAACACUUGAACUAUACUUAUUCAAUUCAGGCUGGAAUUGGUGCGGGUAUUGAUAUGAUCAUGGUUCCUUUCGCCUACACAGAAUUCAUUGAUGGUCUGACUGCCCAAGUUAAGAACAACAUUAUCCCCAUGAGCAGAAUCGAUGAUGCUGUCUACAGGAUUCUUCGGGUCAAGUUUACCAUGGGUCUAUUUGAGAGCCCCUAUGCUGAUCCGAGUCUUGCCGGUGAACUUGGAAAGAAAGAACACCGGGAACUCGCUCAGGAAGCCGUCAGGAAGUCAUUGGUUUUGCUGAAAAAUGGUAAAUCUGCCUACACUCCAUUGUUGCCUCUCCCGAAGAAGGCUGGUAAGAUCCUUGUUGCCGGAAGCCACGCGGACAACUUGGGCAACCAGUGUGGAGGAUGGACAAUCACAUGGCAAGGGUUGACCGGCAACAACAACACUGCCGGCACGACUAUCCUCUCGGCGAUCAAGUCCAGCGUCGACCCCAGCACGCAGGUGGUCUUCUCAGAGAACCCGGACAGCACCACCUUAAGUGACAAGUACGACUACGCUAUCGUGGUGGUCGGCGAGCCACCAUACGCCGAGACGUUCGGCGACAGUCUGAACCUGACGAUCCCUGCCCCUGGACCCUCCGUGAUCCAAUCCGUCUGCAUGAGCAUCAAGUGUGUGGUGGUGCUCAUCUCCGGCAGGCCGCUGGUGGUGGAGCCGUACAUCGGUGCCAUUGACGCGUUCGUGGCCGCAUGGCUGCCCGGUACAGAGGGCCAGGGCGUUGCCGAUGUGCUCUUCGGCGACUACGGAUUCUCCGGGAAGCUCGCGAGGACAUGGUUCAAGUCGGUGGACCAACUGCCGAUGAACGUCGGCGACAAGCACUACGACCCGCUCUUCCCGUUCGGGUUUGGCCUCACCACCGAGGCGAAGAAGUGAAUGUAGUGAGGUGAUUGAGAUGGGAGGAAUUUUCGAUUGAGAUGUGAGAGAUGAUAUACAUCAAUUUGCGGUUGAUUUGUUAGAAAUAAAAGAGAUGCAUUCAUGA